AUGAGCAUCACUUUUCAUAACUUAUGGCUACUUUUGACAGUGUUAUGCACUGCAGGUAUUCGUGCUGACGAUAUCUGGAACGACUGCCUUGCCAGCAGUAAUGGUCCACCACUGAAACACAUAGAAGUGUUAUGUAAUUUGGCGGAACAACUUCGAGGUUUACCGGAUACAGUAAGUUCUGCUGUGAUUUCUGUAACGGAAGCAUCUAUAAAGGCCUCGAAAGCAAAGGUACAAGCAGAGGAAGCUGUGGAACUUGCCGAGUCGAAAGGCCUAAACGUUACGAAAGCGAAGGAAGCUGCUGUGAGAGCAACACUCGCUGCUGAAGCUGCGGCUACGGCUGCAAGUAAUGUGGAAAUUAACGCUGCAAAUAUUGCUGAACUUCCUUGGUCUCAAAGGAGGAGAGACGCUGGUUUGCAGAAUAUUGAACACUGCAAAAAUUUGGAUAAGGAUGUACGAGAGGCAGCAGUAAAGUGUACAAAGAAAGCGGAGAACGUGACAGCCGAUUCUCUCCGUGCGGCACUGGAAGGGUUGGAAACAUUGUUCAGCGACGUUUACAUACUAGUAACGUUGCGGAAGGAAAAAGUUGAGAUGCAGGAAGAAAUGCAAUCGUUAGAACAAAACGCAGCGACAGUCCUUCGUGUACUUCAAAAGGCUGAGGAUGCAGCAGCUGAUGCAAAUCGAGAAGCCCUUGGAAAUUCCGUUGCAUCACCUGAAGGCUCGGUGCUGCUACUGAUGGCUGGAUUGUUUCUCGGUUCUGUACUGUAA